AAACAGGAGCCGCCAGUGUGUGUCUGACUGCCGUGGGGUCAACACCGCAGCCGUUCUUUCCUCCCUGCCUCCCUGCCUCGCGCCGGUUCACACUUCCCCGCGGUCACCUGGUGUUUGAACGCAUUUCCUCCCCCUCUCAGUAAAGCCACACUCAAUCCUAACUUUAGCAGACUCCGCUAAUCAUUGACAAUCAGGUAAAAUAGGAAGAAAUACAGACGAAACACGACAGUAAGUCCAAAACCUUCGUGUCGUUACCAGAAACUUGCGAAAAUUAUCUGAAAAAAGUGUAAUUUCGUAUUUUUCUCCUAGAUUUUCGAGACUUAAGAAAUUCCUGUAAACGUGAGUCGGAGGGAACGCAAGAAGCUGUUUUCCUUCCUUCACUCUGCCUGAGGAAAGAAGCGAAGGAGCGAAGGAGUGAAGGAGCGAAGGUGUCCGGGUCACGUAGGGCCUCAGGGACGUUUUAGCGACCGCGUACUGCAUCGCUAACACAGCCAGCGAGGUGUGGGGACGGGCGACGAAAAGGAAGAGGGACGAGAAGAACGAUCCAACAGGAGGCGAAGUUUGCGGGAGGCGGAGGAGCGUGCGUGUCCGUGUGUCCCUGUGCGUGUGUGUGACUUGAAGCACAGCACAUUACCACUUUUAUCGCCGCGCAUAAACAACGCGGCCCCGAGUAAUGGUGCAGGUGGUUACAGGUGGUGCGGCGAGGUGGAACAGCCAUCUAAACCACGGUCGAUUUUUGCCACAGCACCAGUGACUUCUGCUGACUGCUGACUCCUCUACGGUGCUGACUAAGGGUGUUCCAGUGACUCUUCCUGCCCUUACCGGAGUGCUGACGUACCUCUCACGGGACACAAGAUAAGGAAGAUCACGCCCCACGAUGCUGAUGACACUCCACGCCGCUAACAACGGAAUUAGUACUCACAGACAGACAAGGUGAAUUCAUAAGCCGUGCUAAUGACCCUACCACAGUGCUGAUCUUCCCCUGCACAGCAUCACUAACAAUACCAGAUAUACAAUCCCAUCCUGCCGCCACCACCACCACCACCACAGCCACCACCACAGCCCAGCCAAGGUCUCCACCUACCAUUCACCACCAGCAAACGAGCAGCAGGGCGCCAGACGGCUCACCACGACCUUCACUGAGCCAAGCACCUCCCAGGAAUAAAUGAUUUUCUAACUCUGCACAAGAUGGAGUGUGUUGCUGGACUUCUCUGCCUCUCCUGCCUCGUGGGCGCCGCAGGAGGCUUCGCGCCCAGCAUCGAGGCGCCCCCCGCCACCUCCGAGCCGCCGCCCACCACCACAGUAGACGCGGCGCUCCUGCCAGCCUUCGUGGGGCGCCACAACACCACCGUCACCGUGCACGCCGGGGACACCGCCACGCUGUCCUGCCACGUGGUGCGACUCGGCGACAAGACGGUGUCAUGGGCGCGGAGACGAGGUGAUGACUUCCACAUCCUCACCGUCGGUCUACAAGCAUACUACAGUGACGACAGGUACACGCUGAGCUACGAGUACCCAAACAACUGGAAGCUACAGAUCCGCUACACACAGAAGAGGGACGAAGGCCUGUACGAGUGUCAGAUCUCCACCCACCCGCCCCGGAUCAUGAGGGUCUUUCUGACUGUCUCGGUGCCUGACAUCGAGGGUACGGGAUCCACGGGGGGAGGCGGUGAGCGAGGCCUACUACAGGGUGGACUCCACAGUGGGGCUGCAGUGCGUGGUGAUGCCCGUGCCUCCAAGCCGCCCCGUGCUGUGGAGUCGCAGCCGGCCGCCCAGUCACCACCAUGCCUGAGCGAGGAAUCAGGGUGGACACUUCUCUCAUGGGUUCCGGCCUCAGCUCGUGGCUCCACAUCGCCCGCGCCGCCGUCAGUGACUCCGGGAACUACAACCUGCACCGCCGGGGACACCGUGACGGCAGGUGUUCGCGUGCACGUGUUGGACGGUGAGAGCUCGGCCGCCAUGCAACACCCAAAGUCCGGGGGCGGGAGACUCCUGCAGCGCCCCACCCACCUCCUCCUGCCCCUCGUGACUUCCCUCCUCGCCCUCACCUAACCUGCCAGCCCCGCCAUGCCCGCCGCUGUCUGUACCCACACACCCACACUGCCACGCCCAUUGUUAUACCCCACACUGUACAUAUACCCACAUCCACAUUGCUGCUUCAGGUCCUCUCCUCUCUCUCUCUCUCUC